AUAUUUAGUAAAUAUGUUUAUUAUGUAGAUAUGGCAGAUGAUGUGCCGACACAUGAUUGCUCAGAAGAUGAGAACUCAGGAGAUGAGAACUUAGGUUAUUGUUUGCAACCUCCUAACCAUCGAGGUCCCACACGGAUGAAGCAGAUAUGCCAAAGAAUGGAUAAAGGUGAAAAAAUAGACCUUGAAGUUAAUGACAAAGGGGAAUACUUUGGAGAUAUGUAUGGAGAGAUGAUAUCGUGGCUUGGAGUUAGAUGCCGACAAACAAUCGGUAUCAAUUAUAAAGACUGGAGAUAUGUGGAUCAAUCGUUGAAGGACAAAAUUUGGAAAGACGUGCAACGUGGUUUCAAUGUUCGUGCAGAUUGGAAAAAAGAUUGUCUUAAAAUUGCAGGACGAAUUAUGAAGGAUUUUAAGACAAAAAUGACAUGCGAUGUCAUAAUGCCUUUGGCCAAAGAGAAUAAGGUGAAGGAGCUCGCAAUUCCCCCCAAAAACCAUCCUGAAAUUGAUCAAGAAGAUUGGGUAAAAUUUGUUGCGAGUCGUCUAACACCUGAACACAUGGCUUUGAGAAAGGCACAAUCUGACCGAGCUUGCCAGAAUACAUCAAGGCACCACUCAGCUCGUAGAGGCAUGGUGACUCUCCGAGAGGAUGUGAAAAAAGAAACCAAAAUUCAAGAUCCAGCCCGCCAUCAUGUUUGGUUAAAAUCCCGCAAGAAAAAUAAUGUCCUAGUUACAGACUUGGAUAGGGAGAUUGCCGCAAGAAUAGCUGAACUCGAGGAAAAAGUAAACUCGUGUGAAGUUUUGGCCAAUGGUCGGAAUGACAUAUUGACUCAAGCAUUGUGGACACCCGAGCACCCCGGCCGGCCGAGCCGCCGGGUUCACCGCAAAGGCCGUAAGAUAUUUGGUCGAAAGAAAAGGGCUAAAUGUAGUGAAUCAUCCUUCCAAAAACAAGAAAUUCUUCAACUCAAAAAAGAAAUUGAAGAAUUGAAGAAAAAACUGUAUGCUGCACAAGAACAAGAUGAUGGUAAUGACAACUCCUCAGAAGAAAAUGAUGAUCACUUAGAUGAUCAUCGGGGAGUUUGGAGGGUUCCCAUAUUCCCGGAUGUCGCAUCCACCCAUAAAUCAUCGUCAAAGGGGAAGCAGAUAGCAACCCCUCACAGAUCACCGAAUAAAGGGAAACAGAUCUCAACUCUUCCCGCUAUGUCUUCUACGGAUCACAAUCAAAUGUCGGGAUAG